GAAAAAAAAAAUAUGAUAGAGUUUCGAUAUUUUUUUAUAGUUACUAUUUUUCAACUAUUUUGUUACAUCACCAUUUUCUUCGCCUAGACAGUCAUUAUGGCGGGAAAGGCUAUGGGGCCUUGCCUUGAUUGCAAGGUCGCUCCGGCCACCCAGACGGUUCGAAAGAGGGACCUUUGUCAACAGUGCUUUUUUCUGUUUAUCGGAUCCAAAGUCGUGAAGCGGAUGGAGAAAUAUCGACCACGCAACGCUGAGAAGAAUAACCAGAGAAAAUUUCUCUUGCCCCUCUCUUACGGCGUCUCGUCUUCGACAUUGCUCCAUAUUCUGAAUCUUCAGCUAGAGCGGCAAAUUUCGAGUGGCUUAGGCCGCCGUACUUAUGAAAUUCAUGUCCUAAAUGUCGGAAUUUGUGGACAGCCCGACAACCACCGACUGGAUUUAUUCUGCGAGGCGUAUCCUCUCCAUACAUACACCCAGGUUCCCUUACACUCGAUAUUUAAGUAUGAUACAGCCAUAGAGGAUAUAAUAUCGGAAUAUGGAGGCCCUGAAUUUAGGGAUGACCAGUCAAAGAUGGACCAAGAACGCUUAGACCAUUUUCGGUUAUCACUUUCGACUGCCGCCGCGCGAACAGACAUUGAUGGGAUAUUGUUGACGAGGCUAGUUGUUGCCAUUGCCAAGGAGCUGGAUUGUGACGCCAUAUUAUGGGGGGAUUCUGAUACGCGUCUCGCUUCGAAGGCUCUCUCAAAUGUAGCCAAGGGCCGUGGAUUUUCUGCUCCUUGGGAUGUAUGUGAUGGGAUGACGCCGUGGGGGAUCCAGUUCAAUUUCCCAAUGCGAGACGUCUUAAAAUUCGAGUUAUCUACCUACGCCUCACUGGCGCUCCCAAAAUCACUGAACGUUGUCGACUCUGAGCGUCCGUCUGUGGACAAUCUAUCUAGUAAGAACUUAUCGAUCGAGGACCUCCUUGCGCACUAUGUUGAGACGCAAGGGGAAAAGUAUCCAGGCAUCAUGGCAAAUAUCGUUCGUACGAUUGACAAACUUCAGGCGCCGGCCCCCGAUACUGGGUAUAAGUGCGUAUUAUGUGGCAUGCCGGUCGAUAUGAGCGGCGAAGACCCCUCAGCUCUAGGUGGCUCAGGGGGUUCUCAGUAUGUCUUAGAGGAUAGGAGAGAGCGACCUAUGACUGGCACGUUGUGUUAUGGAUGCGCAAGGACGCGUUUGGAUCUUGUACCUCCGAAAUCAACGCCAGCUUAGUUUACGGAGUGUAUUGGUUGUUCUAUCAAUUUUCGGAAACAUUUCGAACUCCGCACGCUGCCGUUGUUCCCUUCUCAGUUUAGCCACCUAAAGCAGCCUCGCCGGCGCGGCUAACGCUUCUAAAGCCGCCAGUGAAACUUGGAGCUGACUGCACUGCGUUGAUUUCUAGCGUAAUGUACCCAUAUACCCACCAUUACUGUUUAUUCACCGGGAGUGACGACUUCUUCCGAUGCUCCUCUGAAAGUACGCAUUCCAUAAUUUCGCAAGAUCGACAUGCUUCACAGGUGAAACCACCACUGGUUUUAUUCUAUAACAAACUUGGGAUCGUAGUAUCCGGUUGACAGAACGGACUUCUGAUCUCGUUGCAUGGCUAAAUCCUGAAUUUUUGCCAUCUCAAAGGCUGCGAGUCAAGCUUUGAUGAUAUUAGGCUAGCCCUGAUAUCUCAACAGGCAGCAUCCUAAUAGCUUUUGGAUUCUUAAAAUAUUGCAGGAACACACAAGUUACGAGGAGUUGCAUCAUUGUUAAAUAUAUAUUAUUAUUACAUAGCUUAGAUAUUGGAAAGAGAUAUACAAAUUAGUCAACUCCGGCCCAUAUUAUGCUCAUGUAAAUGCAAAUGGGGUAUAUGGAAAGCGGACAAAAGAGAAAGAAAAUAAAAAAAAAUGGGAAGGAGAGAGAAAAUUAGGAGAAAAAAGGUUUACAUCCUCCCCAUUUCGAUAUCAGGCUCCCUCCUGCGCCCGGCGGAGGGAGCAGGGUUUCUCGACGACUUGUCCGUGUGAACCCGUGCUGGUUGUGGUCGAGCGGGUGAAUCGUUUCGUGGUGGAGAAGUAUUACGUCCUGAGCCUUCAAUGGUUGGUUGUCCGUCAUGAGUUGUAUCAAUCCGCGCAGGCUCGUGCAGAGGCAAACCUGAGUGCUUCAGAUUCUCCUCUCCGCGUUCCUUCAGGAGCUUUUCGAGGAGAACAGCGUUUCGAGUGUUGCAUUUAUAUAUGGCGUCCGCAAGGUCGCCAAUGAAAGGAAUCAAGCCGACGAAGAAGUCGAUAACAAUGUUAAAGAGCAUACGCAUUCGAAUGCCGCCGGGGAGACCACCUUCUAUUUUGUUACAAGUGUUUACUACCAUCAGGGCCAUAAACAUAUCGAGCGCAUCGCCGAUUCUAUUUAAAAUAAGAAGAAAGUUAGUUAAAUUCUACACGAUUUGACAAAGGGAGGUUAUUAUUUAGAAUGGAGAAUUUUGUAGAUUCACUUACGCUGGCACUAGACCAAUGACGCUGCUCCAUCCGAAGCGAAUUCCGCAAAAAUUGCACAGAGAGAGGUCCAAUCUAUAUGCCCGCCGCUUCACCUUGGUCAAUAUCUUUGCAUCGUGGGCU